AGGAUGUGGCUCCUCCGUAGACGCUACAUGCCCCUGCGCUUGGCCGUGGUGGGCAGCGCCUUUGUGCUUUUUCUCUUCAUCCUGCAAAGGGACGUAAGCAACAGAGAACAAGCCACAGACAAACCAUGGCUAAAGUCCCUAGUGAGUCAGAAAGAUCACGUCCUGGACCUCAUGCUGGGGGCUGUGAACAACCUUAGAGAUUCAAUGCCCAAACUCCAGAUCAAGGCUCCAGAGCCCCAAGAGUCCAUGAUAUCCGCAAACCAGUCCUGCCUGCCUGGAUUCUAUGCCCCAACUGAGCUAAAGCCCUUCUGGGAACGUCCUCCACAGGAUCCCAACAGUCCUGGGGCAGAUGGAAAAGCAUUUGAGAAGAGCACAUGGACCUCUCAAGAGACCCGGGAGAAAGAGGAGGGCUAUAAGAAGCACUGCUUCAAUGCCUUUGCCAGUGACCGGAUUUCCCUGCAGAGGGCACUAGGACCAGACACCCGGCCACCUGAGUGUGUGGACCAGAAGUUCCGGCGCUGCCCCCGACUGCCCACCACCAGUGUCAUCAUCGUGUUCCACAACGAGGCCUGGUCCACACUUCUGCGAACAGUGUACAGCGUCCUACACACCAGCCCUGCCAUCUUCCUGAAGGAGAUCAUACUAGUGGAUGAUGCCAGCACUGAAGAGUACUUAAAGGAGCAGUUGGACCAGUAUGUGAAGGAGCUGCAGAUCGUGAGGGUGGUGAGGCAGCAGGAGCGGAAAGGGUUAAUCACUGCCCGGCUGCUGGGGGCCAGCGUGGCACAGGCAGAGGUGCUCACCUUCCUGGAUGCCCACUGUGAGUGUUUCCACGGCUGGCUGGAGCCCCUCCUGGCUAGAAUCGCUGAGGAUGAGACAGUGGUGGUGAGCCCAGACAUCGUCACUAUCGACCUGAACACAUUCCAGUUCGCCAAGCCCAUCCAGCAGGGCAGAGUCCAUAGCCGGGGCAACUUUGACUGGAGCCUGACUUUUGGGUGGGAAACUGUCCCUCAACAUGAGGAGCAGAGGCGCAAGGAUGAGACCUACCCCAUCAAAUCCCCGACGUUUGCUGGUGGCCUCUUCUCCAUCUCCAAGAACUACUUUGAUCACAUCGGUACCUAUGAUAAUCAGAUGGAGAUCUGGGGAGGGGAGAACGUGGAAAUGUCCUUCCGGGUGUGGCAGUGUGGGGGCCAGUUGGAGAUCAUCCCAUGCUCUGUGGUAGGCCAUGUGUUCCGAACCAAGAGCCCUCACACCUUCCCCAAAGGCAUCAAUGUCAUUGCUCGCAACCAAGUACGCCUGGCUGAAGUCUGGAUGGAUGGCUACAAGGAGAUUUUCUACAGGAGAAACAUGCAGGCAGCAAAGAUGGCUCAAGAGAAAUCCUUUGGUGACAUUUCGGAAAGACUAAAAAUAAAGGAACAACUACACUGUCACAAUUUCUCCUGGUAUCUGCACAAUGUCUAUCCAGAGAUGUUUGUCCCUGACCUGAAACCCACCUUUCAUGGAGCCAUCAAGAACCUUGGGAUCAGUCAAUGCCUGGAUGUGGGAGAGAACAACUCUGGCGGAAAGCCUCUCAUCAUGUACGCCUGCCAUGGCCUCGGCGGUAACCAGUAUUUUGAGUACACAACUCAGAGGGACCUUCGCCACAACAUUGCAAAGCAGCUGUGUCUACAUGCCAGUGCUGGCACUCUGGGCCUUAGGAAGUGUCACUUCACUAACAAAAAUAGCCAGGUCCCCAAGGACGAGGAAUGGGAACUAACCCAGGAUCGGCUCAUCAGGAACUUAGGAUCUGGUACCUGUCUGACAUCCCAAGACAAGAAACCAGCCAUGGUCCCCUGCAACCCCAGUGAUCCCCACCAGAACUGGCUCUUCAUUUAAUCCACACGAGUGGAGCCUCCACAAUCUCUCAGGAAACAGGACUGCUGAUACCUGGAAACCGAUCAUCAGCACUUUCAUAGGCCUUGACAAUGGAUUU